AAGAAAAGGCCAUGACGUGCACCGGAAGUAGAUCUCGUAUCGUAGAAGGCGCCAUGGCCACUGUAGUAGUUUCUCACAUAGCCUAUUAACCGGUGAGAAGCGGAGCACAGGUCAGUGUCUCCUUUUGAUAAAAUUGGGACAGGAAGCGACAGCUGAGGGAACCUGCUCAUCAUGAGAAGUGUGCUGAUGGUAGCGGAGAAGCCGUCCUUGGCUCAGGCCAUUGCCAAAAUCCUUUCUAAAGGAAACUGUACAAGCCGCAAGGGGCUCAAUGGGGCAUGCUCAGUGCAUGAAUACACCGGCAUUUUCCAGGGCCAAACUGUACACUUUAAGAUGACUUCUGUUUGUGGGCAUGUGAUGAGUCUCGAUUUUAUUGGGAAAUAUAACAACUGGGACAAAGUAGACCCUGCAGAACUCUUUAGUAAAGCUCCUACUGAAAAGAAGGAGGCCAACCCUAAACUCAACAUGGUCAAGUUUCUUCAGGUUGAAGCCAGAGGCAGUGACUGUGUGGUUUUGUGGUUGGACUGUGACAAAGAAGGAGAGAACAUAUGUUUCGAGGUGCUGGAUGCCAUUCAGCCAGUGAUGAAUAAGGGAAGUGCCAGGAGUGUUUACCGUGCCAAAUUCAGCUCCAUUACCGACACUGACAUCUGGAAUGCUAUGAACCGCCUGGGAGAGCCCAACCGCAAUGAAGCUCUGUCAGUAGAUGCACGGCAAGAGCUGGAUCUGCGUAUUGGAUGUGCCUUCACCCGGUUCCAAACAAAGUAUUUUCAAGGGAAAUAUGGCAAUCUAGACUCCUCCUUAAUCUCCUUUGGUCCGUGCCAGACCCCAACCCUUGGCUUCUGUGUGGAACGCCAUGACAAGAUCCAGUCCUUUAAACCAGAGACUUACUGGGUCAUCCAGACAAAGGUUUUUAAAGGAAAGGAGAGUCCACUGACACUGGACUGGAACAGGGUUAGGGUCUUUGACAGAGAGGUGGGUCAGAUGUUUGUCAACCUGGCCAAGACAUCCAGGGAGGCGCAGGUGGAGUUGGUGAGUAAGAAGGAGAAGACCAAGCAGAGGCCUCAAGCCUUAAACACAGUGGAGAUGUUGAGAGUGGCUAGUUCUGCCUUAGGCAUGGGUCCCCAGCAUACUAUGCAGAUUGCUGAGCGCCUAUAUACACAGGGCUACAUCAGCUACCCACGUACCGAGACGACCCACUACCCAGUGAACUUCGACCUGAAGGGAACACUGAAACAGCAGACCAACAACCCCUUCUGGGCAGAAGAGGUAAAAGUUCUACUUUCAACUGGAAUAAACCAACCCAGGAAGGGCACUGAUGCUGGAGAUCAUCCACCUAUUACUCCCAUGUGUGCUGCCACGGAAGCAGAACUAGGAAGUGAUGGCUGGCGGCUAUAUGAGUACAUUACCCGGCAUUUUAUUGCCACUGUAAGUCAAGACUGCAAGUACCUACAAACCACUAUAGAGUUCAGCAUUGGCACAGAGGCAUUCUCGUGUAGUGGAAGAACCCUUAUAUCACCAGGUUACACAACUGUAAUGCCAUGGCAGGGCAUCCCUCUGGAAGAGUCCAUACCAGUAUGUGAGCAUGGAGACACUUUCUCAGUAGAUGAGAUCAAGCUGAUAGAAAAGCAAACCAGCCCACCAGACUACCUGACUGAGGCUGAACUCAUCACCCUCAUGGAGAAACAUGGCAUUGGUACUGAUGCUAGUAUCCCAGUCCACAUCAAUAACAUCUGCCAGAGGAACUAUGUGACAGUUGAAAGUGGACGCAAGCUGAAACCAACCAACUUAGGCAUAGUCCUGGUACAUGGCUACUACAAGAUAGAUGCAGAACUGGUGCUUCCCACUAUACGCAGUGCUGUGGAAAAGCAGCUGAACCUUAUUGCGCAGGGUAAGGCCAACUACCAGCAGGUCCUACAGCACGCCCUGGAUAUCUUCAAGAGGAAGUUUCACUACUUUGUUGACUCCAUUACCAACAUGGAUGAGUUGAUGGAGGUCUCCUUUUCUCCCAUUGCUGCUACUGGGAAGCCGCUGUCCCGCUGUGGCAAAUGCCACCGCUUCAUGAAGUACAUCCAGGCCAAGCCCAGCAGACUCCACUGCUCUCACUGCGACGAGACCUACAGUCUUCCCCAGAAUGGAGCCAUCAAGCUUUACAAGGAGCUCCGGUGUCCACUAGAUGACUUUGAGCUUGUGCUGUGGACUUCUGGGGCGCGGGGAAAGAGCUACCCCCUGUGCCCCUACUGCUUCAGCAACCCGCCAUUCAGGGACAUGAAGAAAGGUAUGGGAUGCAAUGAAUGUACCCAUCCAUCAUGUCAGCACUCUCUCAACUCCUUGGGCAUUGGACAGUGUGUAGAGUGUGAUAGUGGAGUUUUAGUGUUGGACCCCACAUCUGGACCAAAGUGGAGGAUGGCCUGUAAUAAAUGCAAUGUGGUGGUGCACUUCUUUGAACAUGCACACAAAGUGCAGGUUGCUCAGGAGAGCUGUGAUGUCUGUGAUGCCUCUCUGGUUGCAGUGGACUUUAACAAGACUCGCACUCCUCUUCCUGCCAGUGAGACCCAACACACUGGCUGUGUUUUUUGUGAUCCAGUGUUUCAGGAUUUGGUGGAGCUCAAGCAUGCCACCAUCCGGCAUUCCAUGCACCGUGGUGGGGGUGGGAGAAGAGGAGGACGGGGACGUGGACGUGGACGUCGUGGCAAUGCUAAAAAACCUAAAGAUAAAAUGGCUGCCCUAGCUGCUUAUUUUGUAUAGUUUCUGUGUGUAUUGUGUUCUUUUGCAUGUCAUUAAAUGAACUGGUUUUCCUCUGAUAAUGAAUCUAAAUAUACAUUAAAACAACUAGUAUUUUU